AUGAAUGCGGGCACGACACCGCUCUCGGUGAAGCUCACCGGUGUCAUGUCAUCGAGCGCAGAAGCGACUGCGGAAGAAGCAGCGGCUCUGAUCGAGGCAAACUUCGUCGGGCGCACCAGCAUCGUCCACAUCCCCGACGGCCGUGCUUUUUGCGGCACUUUCCUGUGCGUUGACUCGGGCAGCAACAUCAUCCUGUCCGACACCGAUGAGCUCAGGCUCACGUCAUCCGGAGGCACUUCCUCGCGCAACGUGGGCAUGGUUAUGAUUCCGGGCAACUGCGUCGUCAAGAUCGAGGUUCAGCGCGACCUUCCGCAACACGCAGCUCCAACGUCGGAGCAGGCACCAUUGUCGGGCUCCAUGGCUCAAGCAGGAUGGCCCGAUGACGACUCAAUGUACGCUUGA